AUGCUAGAAAAAUAUCCACAAAUCAAGGAUCUGUUUGGACAAGAUCCAGCGUUCAAAGUGGUCGUGAUAUGUAUGGUACUGGCACAGAUUGGUUUUGCUUGGCUGCUCAGAGAUGCUGAUUGGUUGCUAAUUGCUUUGCAAAUUUACUUUGUAUCUGGAACGUUCAAUCAUGCACUCACAUUGGCUGUGCAUGAGAUCAGUCAUAACCAAGCCUUUGGUACAUCUCGUCCUCUUGCAAAUCGGUUAUUUGGUUUUAUUGCCAAUCUUCCGAUGGGUAUUCCAAUGUCAGUUUCCUUCAAGAAGUAUCAUAUUGAGCAUCACAGGAACCUUGGAGAAGAUAUCAUUGAUACUGAUGUGCCAACAGAGUGGGAAGCUAGAACGUUCUGUACCACGUUCGGGAAAGUGACGUGGAUGUUUUUGCAACCCAUAUUUUACGGUCUCCGCCCAUUGGUGAUCUAUCCAAAAUCGAUGACGGAUCUGGAACUGAUCAAUAUUGCACUACAACUGAGUUUCGAUUAUUUCAUCUACACCUAUUUCGGUGUCAAGUCGUUUGUAUAUCUAUUUGGUGGUCUCGUCUUUGGCCUGGGUUUACACCCUCUUGCGGGUCACUUCGUCUCCGAACACUAUGUGUUCAAUCCUCCUCAAGAAACGUACAGUUAUUAUGGGCCCAUAAAUCUUGUGACGUUCAACGUUGGUUAUCAUGUAGAGCACCACGAUUUCCCAUUUGUCUCAGGAGCAAAUUUACCAAAGGUGAGUGAAUUUGUUAGCGACUAG